AUGACCACCACUGUCACCACUCAUUCCACAUCAGUCCAUGUCUCGAUGAUCGGCAACCUGAGCGCCCAUGCCUCAGACAUAUCAUGCGAUGGUGCCAUCAUGUCACCCCAAGCCUCCAAGUCGCUGCCGGCCUCACCUGUCUCAGUGACCAGCAUGUCGGGACUUCUAAAUUCACGAAAUUUGGUACAGGUGACCUUAGCUAAAAUUGGGGAAUAAUAAUUAGAUCGAAACGAAAUAUAAGUAAAAAGAUGAUUAGAAACACUAUGUACACCAGAUUCUGGCCCCUGCAAGUUGGGGACUUACUUUCCUAUAAUAAAUUAAUUACUAAAAUACCUUUUUAAUGCAUAGUUUUGAUUGGAAACUACAAUUUUCCUAUUCUCACACUACAAAAUAUUGUCGGGGGGGGGGGGGGUUGGUUUUAAUAAAUUAAAUUUAAUUACAUUGUUAAUAAUACAAGUCUUAAAAUUUAUUCCUUGGUGAUAUCAUGACAUGAUAGCUGACUUCUGAUCAUGACCACCAAGCCAUUUUCAAUAACUAUAUUAAGUAUCCAUAACCACACUCUGCGUAGCUUAAGUUUAGUUGACUCAUUAUCUCUUUUUGAGAACUGCACCAAUAUCUAUUAUCAGUGCAUCUUUAAUGAUGCAGCCAUAACGCUAUCAACAUAAUCUGCUACUUCAAAGUGCUUCACUGAUACUAAGCCAUUCAAAAACCAUUAUCAGGAAUAUUUUGUCAUUUACCUUAAUAAGAACAACCUUCCCAGGCCACAGGGGAUAAUUAUAGUUUGGAAAUAUGUCAAACUUACUUUAUUCAUAAAAGGUGGCGUUGGUCAAAACCAGAAAUUAAUUGUACCAUGUAGAUUUUGUAUGUCCUAGAUAGAGUAGCAGUAUGUUGAUGUGGCUUGUAGAUUUUGUAUGUCCUAGAUAGAGUAGCAGUAUGUUGAUGUGGCUUGUAGAUUUUGAUCUUGCAGAUCAAUUGAAUUCCUGAUAACAGAGAAUUUAGAAAUGUUGAAAAGAGUAAGUUCCUUGAUUGCUAUAAUCAUCUUAUGAUACAUUUUUGUAUAGAUAGUAAAUUUAAAAGAAAUAAUUUAUUCAGACUAGGGAUUAGUUGAGAGGAAUUAGGCACAACAAAAAAAUAUUCUUUAUUUGACAUUUCUGCUUAAGGGUUUUCAGCAGGCAUUUAUUAUUAUGUUUUAUUAACUGAACAAAUUGCAAUAAAAUGUAUUACAUUAUUUCAAAUGGAUUUAUAAUUCUUCCAUUCCUUAUGAAUACAAUAGGCUAAUUAUAACUGAAUGUGAGUUAUAUGUUAAUAAAAUGAGCUCAUUGUAACUGAAUCUAUUUAUAUGCAGUAGUCAACUUACUGGUAGAAUGCUUCUCACCAUGAAGACAAAGUAAUUUUGAAAUUUAUUUGCUUAAGUAGUUGUGUUAAAUUAAACAUCAGAACAAGAAGAGAAAAAAGUUGUGACAAAUUUUUAUAAUAUUAAGCGGCUGAAAACUUUGAUAAUCCUGGUCUUGAUAAUACACUAACAAUUUUUGUAAGAGAACACGAACAGUUGGAAGAGCUUGUGUGAAACCCCUGAAUCUUUAGAUGAGUUGAAGUGAGUGAAUUCUUACAGCUUCUUCAUCAUGACUGAGGGGCUGGUAUAGUGCCACUAUACUUGAUGUUGGAAUAGUGCCACUAUACUUGAUGUCGGAAUAGUGCCACUAUACUUGAUGUUGGAAUAGUGCCACUAUACUUGAUGUAGGAAUAGUGCCACUAUACUUGAUGUUGGAAUAGUGCCACUAUACUUGAUGUUGGAAUUGUGCCACUGUAAUUUCUGCAACUCUUUUAUAAAUGAUAUAUUUGUUGUUGCAGGAUGAGAAGCUUGUGGUUGCUACCCUAGCAACCUUGGACUCGGGUAACCCUAGCAACCUGAUCAAACAAGAUCUCAAGUGGAUCAUUCAGUCCCGUCGCAAAGCCGAGGGUAAGGCGGAGCUUCAAGUGGAAUUCAAGAAACCGGUGAAAGAUGAGGUAGGUACCUGAAAGAUGAGGUAGAUACCUGAAAGAUGAGGUAGGUACCUGAAAGAUGAGGUAGGUACCUGAAAGAUGAGGUAGGUACCUGAAAGAUGAGGUAGGUACCUGAAAGAUGAGGUAGGUACCUGAAAGAUGAGGUAGGUACCUCAUACAGAUGAUUUUGUUUUGCUAGAUGUAAAAAAAAAAAAAAAAAAAAAAAAUUGGUCCGUGCCCUUGAAAUCUUGUAUCGAUGUAUUCUUGAAAUCUUGUAUGGAUGUAUUCUUGAAAGCCAUACAAGCUGACGUGUUGGUGGACAAAAAGCCAUCAUUUAUAUGUUAGUUGUGUCUUUUUGAGUACUUUAGUUAAGUGAGAUCACAUGAGGCAAUAAAUGUUGGGGAGGUGUCGUUGAAGGCUUUUAGCUGAGCAGUUUGUAUGUUUUGUGGUGUCUUUUCAACAAGUUUUCAUCAACUGUGUGUUCCUGAUUGUUUUUGCCAAAUGAACAAUUAUUACUCUAAUUUCAACUGUUGGUUGUGCACUAACUUUGCAUAAAUAUCAAUUUUAAGAUGUAAGCUCAUGAGCAUUUAUGUUUAAUGCUAACUUUUGAAUGUUCUUACUACGAUUUCAGAUUUAACAAUUAACUCUCAAGAUCUUUGUAGUUUUGAAUUAGCCCCCUUUCAAUAUAUUUGACAAUUCCAUCGGUCGACACGGAGAAUCAGUUUGAAAACCACCUGUUUAGGUCACUAAAGUGGCACAGAUAUAAUUAUAAUUAUUACUUGAACUGUUUCUGGUUUUCACCAUCAGUUUGACAGUCAAAGAAUGGCCAGAGUUUUAAAAAAUUGAUAUGCAGAUAUAAUAUUUUCUAUAAAAAAAAUGUGUGAUAACUUAAAAAUAUAUUUAAAUUAAAAUAUUUUUUGAACUUUUCUUCUUUGGCUGAGUCAAAUUGAUCUUUAAAUGAAAAAGCGUGAUAACAAUCAAAAUAAAUAGAAAUGUUUCGCACAAUGGCUUUUCGCAUGCUGUCAGUUACUCCAAAAUAUGAGAAGUUUCGCUAUACGUCAUACACAUUUCUUAAGUACAAUAGUCAGUUUAUUGACAUGUAAACUAAUCAUCAUAGUUUUAAUUUUGGGAACUUCUGAUUUAACAAUAGCCCUGAUUUAGUUUAAUAGUUUUAACAGUUACCCUGUCGUAACAACCUAGAACUAUUUUAUUGUGUUUUUACUCCAUAGCCCACCUAGAACAAAAUUAUAAAAUGGAUGUUUUGUCACACAUUGAAAUAAUUUAUAAAUGCAGGGAUUAUUUGAAUUUUGAAAUGAGAAAAAUUUAUUGAGGCCUAACCAAUCUUAUUCUCUUAGUUUUUCUUGAUUCUCUUUGUUUUUCUUGAUGGGCUUGUGAAGAAAGUCUAGUAACGUUUCUCUUGUCCCUUUCCACCUGUCCAGCAGUUAACCUCAGAGGAGCUAAUCAAGAGAGCCAGGAGGCGUGAGCUAAACCGUUUAGCGGCCCGUAGAUCUCGAGAAAAGGGACAGAAGCGCAAGGACCUUUUGGUGGAGGUAACACAUAUGUUCAAAAUCGUAACAAAUUAUUUCAGAGUGAUUUCACUGGAAGGGGGCAUCACUCUAUUGUUUCCUCACCUGGCCUGUAGUGCAUCAAUUUCUCAAAUAACUGAUGCCUGCGUGGGAGAGAUGAUAGCUGAGUAAAAGAAUAAACCCAGGAAAGUUGUUCUGUCAAUGUUAAAAUUAUUCACACAGAAGUCAAUAAUUUGUAUUAGAAGAAGGAGAUUAAAAACGUUUGUUAAUCACCCGUAGGAAGUCAUAAGUUGACUUGAGUGGUAUGGGAAGGCAUAUGUUGACUUGAGUGGUAUGGGAAGGCAUAUGUUGACUUGAGUGGUAUGGGAAGGCAUAUGUUGACUUGAGUGGUAUGGGAAGGCAUAUGUUGACUUGAGUGGUAUGGAAAGGCAUAAGUUGACUUAAGUUGCAUACGAAGUCAUAAGUUGACUGUGAUUUAUAUUAUAAAACAAUUUUUUUAAAUUCUAAAAUCCCCAUCCAGAUAUUUGUGUAAAACUAAAGGAUGAUCACUCACAAAUGUCAGUUUAAUUUGAGCCAAUAAUGGUCACUCAGAAAUGUCACUUUAAUUUGAGCCAAUAAUUGUCACUCAAAAAUGUCACUUUAAUUUGAGCCAAUAAUUGUCACUAAAAAUGUCACUUUAAUUUGAGCCAAUAAUUGUCACUCAAAAAUGUCACUUUAAUUUGAGCCAAUAAUUGUCACUCAAAAAUGUCACUUUAAUUUGAGCCAAUAAUUGUCACUAAAAAUGUCACUUUAAUUUGACCCAAUAAUUGUCACUAAAAAUGUCACUUUAAUUUGAGCCAAUAAUUGUCACUCAAAAAUGUCACUUUAAUUAAAGCCAAUGUCCUCCUCGGGUAUUGAGCAAGGAAUCAGCUAGAAUCAAAUAUUUUUCUCCCCAAUUUGUUUGAUUCUCAGCCCCCUUGUUGAAUGCAGGUUUUCCAGGGCACCCUAUAGGCACCCUAUAGCCAAGUCUAACACACUAAAAGCCACCAUUGUCACAUAUCACGAUUUGCUAGGACCUUUAAAAUGGUUUGAAUCCACUAUACUAUUAAGCUCAGUAGCUCUAGUACACAGGAACCUCAUUGUUUUCAAGGUGCCAGCACAUUAAUAUAGGAGCAAAGUGACCCACGACUGUGUUACAUCAUAGGUUUUUUGAAUAGGGUAAAUUUUGGUACCGCUAAAUGAAAAGCCAUGAAAACUAGAUUUGUAUGUAGGCCUAUAAUAUAAUUUGUAUUUAUUGUAUUUAUAACUCAAACUUUAAGAAACCAAAUAUAAAAAAAAGCUGUCUAAAAUUCACCAUUUCAUUUAGUUUAUGAAGUUUAUUGUUUCAGUCAGGGAGCCCACAGUAAUCCCUUCGCAGCCCCAUCUGAGGCCUCCCCUCAAUGGUCUGGGACCCGGUCUUUAGUAGCUCGAUUAGGUUAUACUAGGAUAUUCAUCAUGUGCCAAACUACCUUUAUAUUAUGUCUUGUUGUUUUUUCUUCUUAAACCAACCUAAUAAUAGACUAAUGGACUAAUAGACUAAUAGACUAAUGGACUAAUGGACUAAUAGACUAAUGGACUAAUAGACUAAUAGACUAAUGGACUAAUAGACUAAUAGACAAAUAGACUAAUGGACUAAUGGACUAAUGGACUAAUAGACUAAUAGACUUAUAGACUAAUAUACUAAUAGACUAAUGGACUAAUAGACUAAUAGACUAAUAGACUAAUGGACUAAUAGACUAAUGGACUAAUAGACUAAUAGACUAAUGGACUAAUGGACAAAUAGACAAAUAGACAAAUAGACUAAUAGACUAAUGGACUAAUGGACUAAUAGACUAAUGGACUAAUAGACUAAUGGACUAAUGGACUAAUGGACUAGUGGACUAGUGGACUAAUGGACUAAUAGACUAAUGGACUAAUAGACUAAUGGACUAAUGGACUAAUGGACUAGUGGACUAGUGGACUAAUGGACUAGUGGACUAAUGGACUAAUAGACUAAUGGACUAAUAGACUAAUGGACUAAUAGACUAAUGGACUAAUGGACUAAUGGACUAAUGGACUAAUGGACUAGUGGACUAGUGGACUAAUGGACUAAUAGACUAAUGGACUAAUAGACUAAUAGACACUUUUUUUUUAACCCAAAAUUUCGUAAAAAAUGAGUGCGACCAAUCAAAUAAAAAUCAAUUUUGCUAAAUGUUACUCAGUUUGGAGUAGUCAUUUAUAUGAAACGUUGGAGAAUUGUUUUUUUCCGUGCUCUCGCUAACACUGGAGCAGUGGUUUGUUUUAAAAAAAGUGUUUAUUAAAGAUCAUGUAGUUUAUAAAGACUGCUUUUCAAUUUGUCAUGGACAUUUUAUUGUGAAGUCUAUUGACCAAAUCCACUGGUCAACAUUGAAAUCAUGACUGACUUAAAGGAGUCCUUAAUCAUUAGCAUCUUUGUGUGCUGGACAUGAAUAGAAAUAGGACAAGUUUUUAAUUGGCUCUAGUUUUGAAGUUAUUACAUAAAUUUCAUUUUCAAUGUUUCACUGUGUAAAUGUAUCCAGUAGGACUGCAGCAACAUCUUAAAUAAGCCUAGAGUGCAUCAAGACUACAACAGUAGAAUGUUUCACUGUGUAAAUGUAUCCAGUAGGACUGCAGCAACAUCUUAAAUAAGCCUAGAGUGCAUCAAGACUACAACAGUAGAAUGUUUCACUGUGUAAAUGUAUCCAGUAGGACUGCAGCAACAUCUUAAAUAAGCCUAGAGUGCAUCAAGACUUCAACAAUGGACUCUUCUGGAAGAAGAUAUCACAAUUACUUUUAUCCAAAGCGCCACCAGCAGUUAAAGCCUCUCUUCAGAAAUGAAAGUAAUCUGGUCAUCUGUUCCAACAUUGAGGGCCUCAUGAAUGUCAUAAAAAUCUCUCGUCACCCACGAAAAUGAAGACUAUUUGCAGACUCAUCGAAGCGUAGUUUUAAUGCUGUGUUUUUGCACAAUGGAAAACAUAUUCCAUCUGUUCCAGUAGCACAUGCUGUCCACAAAAAUCUUCCAUCUGUUCCAGUAGCACAUGCUGUCCACAAAAAUCUUCCAUCUGUUCCAGUACCACAUGCUGUCCACAGAAAUCUUCCAUCUGUUCCAGUAGCACAUGCUGUCCACAUAAAUCUUCCAUCUGUUCCAGUAGCACAUGCUGUCCACAUAAAUCUUCCAUCUGUUCCAGUAGCACAUGCUGUCCACAAAAAUCUUCCAUCUGUUCCAGUAGCACAUGCUGUCCACAUAAAUCUUCCAUCUGUUCCAGUAGCACAUGCUGUCCACAUAAAUUGAAAGAGACAUACAAAUAACUGAAAGCAGCUAAUGAAUUCCACCGAGUAUAACAAGUACAGGCGGCACCCUCUGUGGUGAUUUGUAGGUUGUUGCCCUUAUAAUUCGUCUGCAUUAGGGAUAUACAAAAUACAUGAGUUUCUAGUGUCAUUGGUAAAGCCAGGCAAGGGAAUUUCACUACUUGCGGAAGGAAUGGGCUCAGCCAUUGGAGAGGAGAAUUCUAGGCACCCAGCUCUGGUCUAGACAAAAUGUAGCCAUUGGAGAGAAUUCUAGGCACCCAGCUCUGGUCUAGACAAAAUGUAGCCAUUGGAGAGAAUUCUAGGCACCCAGCUCUGGUCGAGACAAAAUGUAGCCAAUGGGGAGGAGAAUUCUAGGCACCCAUCUCUGGUCGAGACAAAAUGUAGAAAAUGGGGAGGAGAAUUCUAGGCACCCAGGUCUGGUCUAGACAAAAUGUAGCCAUUGGAGAGAAUUCUAGGCACCCAGCUCUGGUCGAGACAAAAUGUAGCCAAUGGGGAGGAGAAUUCUAGGCACCCAUCUCUGGUCGAGACAAAAUGUAGCCAAUGGGGAGGAGAAUUCUAGGCACCCAGGCCUGGUCGAGGCAAAAUGUAGCCAUUUGAGAGGAGAUUUCUAGACACCCAGCUCUGGUCGAGACAAAAUGUAGCCAUUGGAGAGGAGAAUUCUAGGCACCCAGCUCUGGUCGAGGCUCACCAAAUCUUGUCACCACCCCUUCACAUCAAUCGAGGUUUGAUGAAGAACUUUGUGAAAGUCAUAGACUGGACUUCACCAGCUUUCUACACCUGCAUGAAAAAUUCCCUCGACUCAGCGAAGCAAAGAUUAAAGAGGGAGAUUUUGUUGGUCCUCAGAUUCAAGAGCUCUUCAAAGAUGAUUUGGUUCAACAACUUUCUGCACAGUGAUACGAACAAAACAUGGAAUACUUUUCGCCUAGUGUCGACGAAAUUUCUCAGGAAUAAUAGGGCAGAAAACUAGUAGAAGGCAUGCUGAUGCAUUAUCAGAUACUUGGUUGCAUCAUGUCACUAAAGAUCCACUUCCUUCAUUGCAUCUGGAUUUCUUCCCUUACAUCUGUGGUUGGUUAGUUAUGAACAAUCUGGAUUUCUUCCCUUACAUCUGUGGUUGGUUAGUUAUGAACAAUCUGGAUUUCUUCCCUUACAUCUGUGGUUGGUUAGUUUGGAACAGGGCAAAUGUUUUCAUUAAGAUAUCGCAAAAAUGGAGCAGAGAUAAGAGGGGAAAAUGGUCCAUAACAAUGCUGGCUGACUGCUGCUGGACACAAUUGUCCACUACAAUGCUGGCUGACUACUGCUUGACACUCCUCAGAGAUUCUCCUGAACAGCUGUACAAAAGAUUGUUGAAGAAAUCUAAGACGUAGUCUAUGACUUGAUUUUUUACAGGUAUUAACUUUAGGCCUGUACUAUAGGCCUUCAUUUCGUGAUGGAAACAUUAAUUUAUUGUAGGGUACAAAAAGAAAACUCUAGCCAUUUUUAUACUUUGACUGUUGUAUUCGUGUUCAGCAUAUCAAAACAGAUAAGGAAUCACUAAUUUUACUUCAGUAACAUGAUUUUGGGAAAAUUUGUUGACCAAUGAUAUUAGUUGUAUUUGUUGACCAAUGAUGUUAGUUGUAUUUGUUGACCAGUGAUAUUAGUUGUAUUUGUUGACCAGUGAUAUUAGUUGUAUUUGUUGACCAAUGAUGUUAGUUGUAUUUGUUGACCAGUGAUAUUAGUUGUAUUUGUUGACCAAUGAUGUUAGUUGUAUUUUUUGACCAGUGAUAUUAGUUGUAUUUGUUGACCAGUGAUAUUAGUUGUAUUUGUUUCAAAAGAGGGCCGUGUAAUUGACCAAGCUAAGGGUGCGACAUAUUUGUGGGUCAACUUCAAACAUCCCCUUAGUUGGCACCAAAUUAAGGGUGCGACCUAUCAACUGAUGCGACUUAUCCAUUAGUGUGACUUAUCCACUGGUGCCACCUAUCCACCGGCAUGUAAUCAUUGCAAAGCUUAAAUGAAUUGUAACGUUAAAAUCUUGGAGCUGUCAUAUUUGACCUUUGCUUAACAAUCAUAUUAUUAGAUAAUAAAUUUCAAAAGGGAUGAGUGCCUAUGUUCAAUUUCAUAUAUAAUACAUUUCAAAAAGGAUGAGUGCCACUUUUUCCCCUCACUUUUUUCCCCUUUUUCCCCCCAGGGGAAACAACUCCAUUAAAUGAGAAACCCUAAACCUCAAGGAAAUGAAGUCAGAUAAAUUUGGAAAAAUAAAAAAAAGACCAAAUCCAAAAUAUUAUCAAAUUAAAAAUUUUGUUGUUGUUGAAAUCCUUAACAACAACUGCUUUUGUUAAGAUGAAAAGGUUUGCACAUGUUUGAUCUUUCAUUAACUCCAGGCCGCCAGACAGUGAGUGUUCCACUGAGCUUCAAAGUUACCAGGUCAAUGGUCGGCACAUUAGGUUUUGUUCAAGUUAGGUGUUGGCGGUUAACUAGAUAUUUUCUGUUCAAUAGUUAAGGUAAAAUAAUUUUAAAAAAUCAAAAGUACUUUUUUUAACGAUGUCAGUUCUAAAUCGGACAUUGACUAUGUGAAACAUUAUCUACAAUCUCAGCUGUGUGAGAUUAUCUACAAUCUCAUCUGUGUGAGAUUACCACAAGGGGCACACUGUUAGGGGCGGGGCCGUACUAAAGUUUGAAGAAAAUAUGAGCACAUUUUUAUGCCAUCUUCUUACAUCUAUUUGUAGUGCAAAAAAAAGGGGGAAAAAUAAGAUACAAUGUUUGAAAAGAAGGAGAGCUUUAAUCAACAUAAACUUAAUAGAAUUUCAAGGGGUAGUAUGGACCUGAUUUGGGCUAAGUAGAUGGUCAAAUUUGGCGUCCACAUUUGUCUGUGCCAUCCACAUUUGUCUCUGCCAUCCACAUUUGUCUCUGCCAUCCACAUUUGUCUCUGCCAUCCACAUUUGUCUUUGCCAUCCACAUUUGUCUCUGCCAUCCACAUUUGUCUCUGCCAUCUUGGUAGAGCUGUUAGUUCAUCCAUCAAAAAUGGAUCAUGACAUUUUUAACAUGGGCAUUGUGCUGGGGCUGAAUCUGGGUGUGGAUGUCGGCAUUGUGCUGGGGCUGAAUCUGGGUGUGGGUGUCGGCAUUGUGCUGGGGCUGAAUCUGGGUGUGGGUGUCGGCAUUGUGCUGGGGCUGAAUCUAGGUGUGGGUGUCGGCAUUGUGCUGGGGCUGAAUCUGGGUGUGGGUGUCGGCAUUGUGCUGGGGCUGUAUAUGGGGGUGGGUGUGGGUGUGGGUGUCGGUAUUGUGCUGGGGCUGAAUCUGGGUGUGGGUGUCUGCAUUGUGCUGGGGCUGAAUCUGGGAGUGGGUGUCGGCAUUGUGCUGGGGCUGAAUCUGGGUGUGGGUGUCGGCAUUGUGCUGGGGCUGAAUCUGGGUGUGGGUGUGCAGAUGAUCAUGAUAUUUUUAACAUGGGCAUUGUGCUGGGGCUGAAUCUGGGUUUGGGUGUUGGCAUUGUGCUGGGGCUGAAUCUGGGUGUGGGUGUGCAGAUGGCCGAUCAGGCCGAUUCUGGUAUAAAAUGUUCUGGUGCAGGGGAUGGAUGGGACAGCCCCAGGUUCUGAGUUGACUCUUACUUUUCGGGCUUGUCUCUUGUGCUGUGCAGCAGCUGUUCUGUUUGCCUCAUGCAUUGAGCUGUCUGUCGGGAGGAGGGCUGUUAGUCUCGAUCCUGUGAGGACUAUUCCCAGUUGUCUCAAUCCUGUGAGGACUAUUCCCAGUUUUCGCCAUCCUGUUAGGACUAUUCCCAGUUCUCUCAAUCCUGUGAGGACUAUUCCCAGUUGUCUCAAAUCUGUGAGGACUAUUCCCAGUUGUCUCAAUCCUGUAAGGACUAUUCCCAGUUUUCUCCAUCCUGUAAGGACUAUUCCCAGUUGUCUUAAAUCUGUGAGGACUAUUCCCAGUUGUCUCAAUCCUGUGAGGACUAUUCCCAGUUGUCUCCAUCAUGUGAGGACUAUUCCCAGUUGUCUCAAUCCUGUGAGGACUAUUCCCAGUUGUCUCAAUCCUGUGAGGACUAUUCCCAGUUGUCUCAAUCCUGUGAGGACUAUUCCCAGUUGUCUCAAUCCUGUGAGAACUAUUACCAGUUGUCCGGGUUUAUUUGAAACGCUUUCAAAUAUGUCUCUAACUAGAAAACUAUUCACCAUUACAUUUUUCCCUAAAGGCGUUGGUUAUUGCCAUGUCUUCUACUGUGGGCUCAGUGUGAAUCCUUGUAUCAUUUCUUACUUGACAUGUUGAAAUACUGUUGAAUCCUGCUGCAGUGUUGUUGUUGUUUGGGGUUAGGGAGAGGUUGGGGGGGGGGGUGGAUCUUGACUCUUACAAUCACAUUACUAAAAUUAGUUUUGAACUUUUCUGUGGCUGUCAGAGCAGUCAAAUGUUAGGUGCUACAGCCUGUGUCUUGAAGAAUUAUUUCUUUCUGGUUUUACUGACAACUUGAGAAGCACUGAUGUGGUACAAAGAAUCUAGACCAAACUGGCUGCUCUUUUUAGACACACUCUUUCAGGAUCCAUUCCUGCAAACAUCAUCAUUUGCAAAAGAGCAAUCUGUGUUGGGAUCCACUGAUGCAAUAUUUACCUAUUUUAAAAUAAAGGUUUGGAUAAAGGGUGGUGUUGUAACACCCUAGAGAUUAUGGGCUUUAAACAUCUGUCAAUACAGGACAUGCACUGAUUGAUGAACAAAUUAUGGGCUUUAAACAUCUGUCAAUACAGGACAUGCACUGAUUGAUGAACAAAUUAUGGGCUUUAAACAUCUGUCAAUACGGGACAUGCACUAAUUGAUGAACAAAUUAUGGGCUUUAAACAUCUGUCAAUACAGGACAUGCACUAAUUGAUGAACAAAUUAUGGGCUUUAAACAUCUGUCAAUACGGGACAUGCACUAAUUGAUGAACAAAUUAUGGGCUUUAAACAUCUGUCAAUACAGGACAUGCACUGAUUGAUGAACAAAUUAUGGGCUUUAAACAUCUGUCAAUACAGGACAUGCACUGAUUGAUGAACAAAUUAUGGGCUUUAAACAUGUGUCAAUACAGGACAUGCACUGAUUGAUGAACAAAUUAUGGGCUUUAAACAUCUGUCAAUACUGGACAUGCACUAAUUGAUGAACAAAUUAUGGGGUCAAUCAUAGAACUUGACAUUUAUGACAGAGUAAAAUAGUCCUAGAGUAAGAUAGUCCUAGAAAUUUGAGUCCUACUGUAUUCAUAUUAAAUUGCCUACUGUUGCUUAUUUUUAAGGAAAUUCGCAAACUGCAAUCCCAGAAUUCUGAGCUGAUCAACAUCCUUGGAGGACUAACUGAGCAGAGAAACAGCAUCAUUGAGACCUUGAGACAGCACAUGAAGCAGUGCUCAGACUAC